UUACGUCUGUGCAAAACUUUGCAAUUCAAUCUUGUCUGAAAAACUUUCAAUUCUUUUUCUUUUUUAAAUUUGCAAUUCGUUUUCCUCUUAAAAAAAUGCAAUUCUAUUCCAUCUGUACAGACAGGCGUGCGGCGGGGACGAAACGUGCGAGGAAUACGAGAAGACAUACGCCCUCGUACUCAAAGACAACGCAUUUGCAAAGUCAUUGGAGAUGGUGGACGUGACGCCAGGUGAACACAGUGGAGACGGUGAAGUUAGAGAGAAGAGAUCGCCAUCUUGCCCCGCAUAUGAUGAUAGUAUGACUAAUAUAUCAAGACGAAGCUUAUCACCAUGGACUUAUAUAAGGAACGUCGAUCGAACAAGAAUACCAGUUGUUAUGCUGGAUGCAGUUUGCCUUUGUGGCGGGUGCUAUGAUAUAUCCAGUCCUUCAUUAGCAGAAGACAUCAACCUUUACAGUACACGAGUACCUGGGACGAUUCCUGUGCGUAGGAUACGACCGGGCAAGCCGUCGGUGCCUGACUAUGUUAAUCUACACACCGGGUGUAGGUGCGUGGUUCCUCUGUAGUUAUAAGACGGGUGUUCUGUUUCAUACACCUCGUGCCCGUUUACAAGUUACCACGGAUGUAACAUAUUUAUCCUCGCGUGGCGGGGCAACGACAGUUAUAACACGGGUGUUCUGUUUCUUAAACCUCGCUUACGAGUUGACGCAAAUGUAACUUUGUAGGUGAUUGUUUUUUGGAGUUUUUUUUAAUUUUUAUACAACAGAUUUAAUAGAACUGAUUAGAGUAAUUCAAGUAAAAAAUCCUUGCCGAUAGACCACUGGCGCGCCGUAAGACCUCGCCCAUACAAAUAGAAUGUUGUGAAAUCAUAUAUUUUUGUUAAUUUUUUUUCAUGUAUACGUUGUUGCUGCCAAGUGUAAAUUGUACUGUAAGUGUUAAAGAGAUCGUCUGACAAUUGUGUUUUAUUUUGUUUGUUUUUUAUCGUAAAGCGCAACUUUUCGUCUGCCAUACGGCGAGACUUAUCACGGUUUGCAGUGUUCACUUUUAUUACUUAUGUUUUUCGUUACCGUACUUAAAAUUAAUAAAUUGAUUAUGCAUUGUUUGGGUAUAAAUGUCUGUAUUAAAUAUUGCCACAAACUAAUAUACCCACACCGAUAUAUUCAAUCGGAAAAGAUACUAUUAGCACCUAAAACCCAUGUUUGCUGGUGGUGUUUAAAAAAAUCACUGCUUUUUGUUUUUGGAGAAAAAACAUGUUAAAAAUAAAGUUAAAACGACUUUUGCUCCAGUGUUUGAUAAAUAUACAAAAUGUAAAUAUUUUUGUUGGUGUUAUUUUUUUUAUCAGUGUUAUUUUCUUUGUUGGUAUAAAAAGUCAAACGUUACCUGCA